GUCAUUGUACUUCUGUUUUUUUUUUUUUUUUUUCGAUGCACAGGAAAGUAAAAUAGUACUAACUCCUACAGUACAUAACAGGUCCCUGCAAUGUCUCCUUGGAGAGUAAAUUCUAUGCCCGAUGGUGGAGCCUGAUAGAAAUUGUACUUCUUCUGUUGUAUAAUAAUAUUCAUUUUUUCAUUUAAACUCAUGAUCUAGCCUAAUUAACAAAAUCUUCUUUCCUACUUAUCCUCUACUUUAAUUAUCUUAUCUUUUUUUAUAUUUUUAAGAAAGGGAGGAAGGGAUUCAGAGUGAAGAGGAUGAACAUUAGCCGUCUGAUUCCGUCGGGAUCAUGGUUGGUGAGACAACUCUGCACGGCGGCGAAGUGGUCGGCGCCAAGGAGAACCAUGUUGUAUUCGAGACUGUCGGCUUUGGGCGCCAAGGGCGGGACCGUGGCUCAGGCGCUAAAUGACUUCUUAAUGGAGGGCAAACAGAUCAGGAAAGAUGAACUCACUAGUUGCAUCAAGGAGCUCCGCAAGUACGGUCGCUACCAGCACGCCCUCGACAUAUUUGACUGGAUGGAGAGGAGGAAAGUGAACUUUUCGUCCAAGGAUCAUGCCAUUCGUAUGGGUCUUAUAGCAAAAACUACUGGAAUUGAUGCCACGGAGAAUUACUUUAGUUGUCUUCCUCAACUUGCUAAAAAUCAGUUCACCUAUGGUGCCCUUUUAAGUUGUUAUUGCAGUGAACUACUGACUGACAAAGCAUUAGCUCACUUUGAGGAGAUGAAUCAAUUGCAGUAUAUCAACAAUUCUUUACCUUUCAACAACCUCAUGAGCAUGUAUUUGAAAUUGGGUGAAUACAAUAAGGUGCCUGCUCUUGUAGAUGAAAUGAAGAGGAGAGACAUUUCCCUGGAGACCUAUACCUGUAAUUUGUGGAUGCAGAGCUAUGGAUGUUUGAAUGAUAUUGAAGGAGUAGAGAGAGUUCUGGAGGAGAUGGCAAACAACAGCAAGUUGAAAUGGGAUUGGACCACAUAUAGUAAUGUGGCUGCGAUCUAUGUCAAGGCUGGGCAGUUUGAGAAAGCUGAGUCAUCUCUUAAGAAGUUGGAAAAAAGUUCAGAGUCUCUUGAGCGUGAGGCUUACCAUUUUCUGAUUAGCUUGUACGCUGGCACUUCUAAUCUAGUUGAGGUCAAGAGGGUGUGGGAAGCUCUGAAGGGUGCAUUUUCCUUAGUUACAAACACAAGCUAUCUUAUUGUGCUUCAGGCUCUUGCUAAACUAAACGAUCUUGAUGGAUUGAAGGAAUGCUUCAAGGAGUGGGAAUCCAAUUGCUCUAGUUAUGAUCCGAGGCUUGCAGUCACUGUUGUACGUGCUUAUCUACAGCAGGACAUGAUUGAAGAAGCCGAACGGGUUUUUGAGAAUGCUGUUAAUAGAAAAAAAGGGUCUUUCUUCAAACUGAGAUUGACAUUCAUGGCUUAUUUCUUGAAGAAACAGCAACAGGACUUGGCUCUGGAGCAUAUGGAAGUUGCUAUGUCUGAACUGAAGGACAACAACAGGCAACUGGCUCCAGAAACUUUGACUGCAUUUUUUGAUUAUUUCAUGAAAGAGAACGAUGUUGCUGGUGUGGAAGAGUUCUGCAAGAUGUUGAAGAAUUUAAAUCGUCUCAAUUCGGAUGCCUUCCACUCGUUGACAGAAACUUACAUAGCUGCUGGUAAAGUGGCUCCGGAUAUUCAGCAGAGAUUUCAAGAGAUGAUUGUCAAGGUUUGCCCUAUGUAGUUUAGCCAUAUCCAGCUCUUUCUUAUUGUACCAUUUAGUUGGCAUGGACAUUGAUUCAUUGAAUAUUUAUUUUAGAAUAUGAAACUUUCUGUUAAUUGUUUUAGCAGAAUAUUUUGACUGGUUGAAAAGGAAAUUUGAUAUUACAAUUGGGGGAAAAACAAAGCACAGGUAAAACA